AUGUCGAACGAAGUGAUGUGCAUCAGCUCUUAUGUAUGCUCUGGUUUUGUCGGAAACCGUUGUGGGAUGAUAAUAUUAGACCACUUCCAGAUCCAGGGCAUUUUUGUGUUGACCACACACUUUUCAAAUCACACACAAUACAAGCACUUGGGUGGAAGUUGUAUGCUUGAAGCAGACAUUAAGUCGAUUUUUGAGGCAACCAGCGCAAACUCGUUAGACAAAGAUAUGAAGUAUAUCAUCACUGGUUAUUUCCCGUCAUCUGCUUUAGUCGACAUUACCAUCGAGAAGGUGAAAGAAUACAAACAGAAAGGAAUUUUCUUCCUUUGUGAUCCAAUUUUGGGGGAUGACGGUCGACUGUACACAAAACCGGAAGUGAAGGAAUCAAUGAAGAAACUUGUUUUAUACGCAGACUUAAUAACACCAAAUGCGACAGAGUUAGAGUGUUUGUCUGACCAAAAAGUGAAUUCAGUGAACGACGCUUUACAGGCGUGUUCCGUAUUACACAACAAAGGUGUUAAGACCAUCAUCGUCACUUCAAUCAACGAUGGCGAUGACAUCAUUCUGUUGUGUAGCUUCUACAAACAAACAGACGUCAACAAAAACUUCAAAGUGAAGAUCCACCGACUCAAAGGCUUUUUCACAGGCGUUGGCGAUACGUUCACAUACACCCUUUUUGCUUGGAUCAAGCAAGGUGUCCCCAUUCCAAACGCAGUUAACAGAACUAUUUCUACUCUCCAGACUAUCAUCAAAAACACCACCGGUACUGACGAGAUCAACUUGAUUCACUCAACGCAGUUCCUCAAGAGCACUGACGAGCUUUUCACUCUUGAAUAUUUGAAUUGA